ACACCUCCCAAAGUCAACUUCCACCAAAAAAAAAGGUCAUGGUUGCUGUUUGGUGCUCUGCUGGUGGUCUGAUCCACUACAGCGUUCUGAACCCUGGCUUAACUAUUACAUCUGAGAAGUAUGCUCAGCAAAUAGCUGAGAUGCAUCAAAAACUGCAAUACCUGCAGCCAGCAUUGGUCAACAGAAAGGACCCAAUUCUUCUCCACGACAGUGCCCCACCACAAGUUACACAACCAAUACUUCAAAAGUUGAAUGAAUUGGGCUACGAAGUUUUGCCUCAUUCACCAUAUUCACCUGACCUCUUGCUAGCUGACUACCAUUUCUUUAAGCAUCUCAGUAACAUUUUGCAGGGAAAACACUUCCACAAUCAGCAGGAUGCAGAAAAUGCUUUCCAAGAGUUUGUCCAAUCCCAAAGGACAGAUUUUUAUGUUACAGGAAUAAACCAAGAGGAGAAAAUGUAGACGCAAAGAGAAUAGCAUGUUCAAAAACCACAGAGCUGGCAAAUGGCAGAUCCAGGAUGUAAACCC